UGAACGUAGCCGUAGCUCCUCGGCUAAUCUGUUUACAUGUUACCCGGCUACCGGCUCGUUGGUACGGGGUGGGUCCAGUCGGUAAGUCCCGAAGAACGCGAGCGGGACGCCACGCGCGCGAGCAUUGAACGCGCGCUCGCGACCAUGUCAGUUAGCCGCCGCGUCAUUUGGCUAACGUCCCCUCGCUAGGUGAGCCCAGGUGUCAGACAUGGGUGUAUCUGGAGCUCUGUGAGACCGGGACCCCGCUAGACCCGGGACCCCCGCUAGACCCGGGACCCCCGCUAGACCCGGGACCCCCGCUAGACCCGGGACCCCGCUGAGGAGCCGCCAUGCUGUGCUGGGGCAACGCCUCCGACGGACAGCUGGGCCUGGGUGGGAUCGACGAGGAGAUCGUGGUUGAGCCGCGACGAUGUGAAUUCUUCCACGGGAAGCAGGUGUGCGACGUGGGGUGCGGCCUCCGACACACCGCCUUCCUGCUGGAGGACGGGACGGUGUACACCUGUGGCUGCAACGACCUGGGCCAGCUGGGCCACGAGAAGGCCAGGAAGAGACCAGAGCAGGUCGUGGCCCUGGAGGCUCAGAUCGUCCUGGCCGUCUCCUGUGGCGAGUCCCACACGCUGGCCCUGAAUGACAAGGGCCAGGUGUUCUCGUGGGGUCGGGGCUCCGACGGCCAGCUGGGCCUGCACAACUUUGAGGAGUGUGUGCGCGUGCCCAGGAACAUCAGGAGCCUGUCCGAGGUGCAGGUGGCUCAGGUGGCCUGUGGCUACUGGCACUCCCACGCCCUCUCCAGAGGGGGCCAGGUCUUCUCCUGGGGGCAGAACCGGUACGGGCAGCUGGGCCUGGGCUCUCGCGGCCCGGGCGUCUCCUCUCCCACGCUGCUGCGCUCCCUGCAGAGCGUCCCCUUCGCCCAGCUGGCGGCCGGCGGCGCUCACAGCUUCGCGCUCACGCUCUCGGGAGCCGCCUUCGGCUGGGGCCGCAACCACUUCGGUCAGCUGGGGCUCAGCGACUGCAACGAUCGUUUUUCUCCGUCGUUGCUGAAGUCCCUGAGAUCUCAGAGAGUGAUCCACAUCUCCUGUGGAGAAGAUCACACGGCCGCUCUCACCAAGGAAGGAGGCGUGUUCACGUUCGGCGCCGGAGGAUACGGCCAGCUGGGACACAACUCCACCCACCACGAGGUCAACCCCAGGAAGGUGUUCGAGCUCAUGGGCAACGUCGUCACGCAGAUCUCCUGUGGCAGGCAGCACACGCUGGCCUUCACGCCCUCCUGUGGGAAGAUGGACUCCUUCGGGCUGGCGGGCAACGGGCAGCUGGGGACUCGCUCCACCUGCAACAGGAAGAGCCCGGCCACGGUCAGCGGGCCCUGGGCGGCCUCCAGGGACCCAGACUCUGAGCCGUGCUGCUACGUCAGGAGGAUUUACGCCGGAGGAGACCAGAGCUUUGCUCACUACUGCUCCACCAACAAAGCCCAGAGCAUGGAGGACGUGAGGAACCAAGACCCCCACAGGAAGAUCUGCACCCUGAACCAGGAGAUCAUCCACAAGUGGUGUAGCUACAGCCCAGGAAGACUCCCGCUGGACAUCUCCAAUGAGAUCGACCUCGUGUUCUCCUCCGCAAGCUGCCUCAACGGGUCCUUUCUGUCCACCAGUCACCCGGACCACUACAGCACCAGCAGCCGAUGCUCCGGCGUGGACAUGACCACGGCUCGCCUCCUGUGGAGCCGCCUGGGCCAACGAGGCCCCCACGAGCUCACCCAGCAGAUCGCAGCCAGUCUGGAGAAGAACCUGAUCCCCAGGCUGAGCCCCUCCCCUCCGGACAUCGAGGCCCUGCGGCUCUACCUCACUCUUCCUGAAUGCGCUCUCUUCAGGGACCGGAACAACUACGUCACCAUCGCCAUCCCGUUUGCCAAGGCCCUGCUGAGCCUGAAGGAGGCGCCGCUGAAGGUUCUGGGGAACUGGUGGUCCGCAUGCGAGCCCCCCGUGUUCCAGCGGCUGGUGGAGCUGUACAAGGAGGUGGUGGUGUACCUGCUGCAGAUGCACAAGAUGGGCAUCCCCUCGGUGGAGCAGAGGAUCUUCACCUGCUUCCUGGACACGUCGCUCCGGCUCCUGGAGGUCCUGCACACGGUGAGCGAGCGGGCCGGUCACAUCAUCCGCUACGACAGCUUCUACAUCCACGAGCUGGACCAGCUCAUCGACAUCAGACAGGACUACGUCACCUGGGUCCAGAGGCAGAUGUACCCGUCGGGCCACGACGGCGCGGUGACCCUGUGCCAGUUUCCCUUCGUGUUCGACGCCCAGGCGAAGACCACGCUGCUGCAGACCGACGCCGUCAUCCAGAUGCAGAUGGCCGUGGACCAGGCGCAGAUGCAGAACUUCAGCUCCAUGUUCCUGCCGGCGGUGGAGUCCGUCAACCCGUGUCUCAUCCUCAUCGUUCGGCGGGAGAACAUCGUUGGAGACGCCAUGGAGGUCCUCAGGAAGUCCAAGAAUGUGGACUACAAGAAACCCCUGAAGGUGGUGUUCGUGGGGGAGGAGGCGGUGGAUGCAGGAGGCGUGAGGAAGGAGUUCUUCCUCCUCAUCAUGAAGGAGCUGCUGGACCCAAAGUACGGGAUGUUCCGCUACUACGAGGAGUCGCGGCUCAUCUGGUUCUCCAACAAGACCUUCGAGGACAUCGACUUGUUCAACCUCAUCGGGGUGGUCUGUGGUCUGGCCAUCUACAACCUCACCAUCGUGGAGCUCAACUUCCCCGUGGCGCUCUACAAGAAGCUGCUGAAGAGGAAGCCGACGCUCGACGACCUGAAGGAGCUCAUGCCGGACGUGGGAAGGAGCCUGCAGCAGCUGCUGGACUACACCGGAGACGACCUGGAGGAGACCUUCUGCCUCAACUUCACAAUCACAGAGGAGAACUACGGGGCCACGGAGGUCCUGGAGCUGGUCCGGAACGGGGAAGACGUCAACGUCACCAAAUCCAACAGGCAGGACUUCGUCUCUGCGUACGUGGACCACGUGUUCGACGCGUCCGUGGCGGCGCUGUUCGAGUGCUUCCACGCCGGCUUCCACAAGGUGUGCGGGGGGAAGGUGCUGGAGCUGUUCCAGCCCAACGAGCUGCAGGCCAUGGUCAUCGGGAACACCGACUACGACUGGACGGAGCUGGAAAAGAGCACGGAGUACAAAGGGGAGUACUGGGCGGAGCACCCCACCAUCGGGCUCUUCUGGUCCGUGUUCCACCGGCUGCCUCUGGAGGAGAAGAAGCUGUUCCUCUUGUUCCUCACAGGAAGUGACCGCAUUCCCAUUUUGGGCAUGAAAAGCCUGAAGCUGGUGAUCCAGCCCACCGGCGGAGGCGAGCAGUACCUCCCGGUGGCCCACACCUGCUUCAACCUGCUGGACCUGCCCAAGUACAGCAGCGAGGAGACGCUCCGCGAGAAGCUGCUGCAAGCCAUCGACUACAACCAGGGCUUCAACCUGGCCUGAGGGCCGACCACACGUGGUUGUGUUCCGCUGUGAGAGACUCUGGGUGGAAAGGGGAAGCCAAAUGGCACCAAUGGCUCAGAGUUGAUGUCUAGACUUUCAGUUAUUCUUGACUUUGAUUUCUCAGCUUUUCCCCCUCAAUGCCGUCGCAGUAUUGAUGCUGUAUUACAAGUUGAUCUCUUCUGAGUAUGCAGACGGCAACAUGAGCUCCUGUAACGCAGCAGCACGACCUCCAUGGAGCUGUUUCCGUGACCUUUACUCUGGUCUCAAAUGACCUCUGACUGGUUUCGACCCAAAUGAACAUUAUAAGCGCCCCCUGGUGGUGGCGGGUGCGUGCUGUGUGUUACAGGGUGUUGUGUCCCUGCUGUGUGGGUCUCAUGUCCACCAGAUCCCUUUCUGUUGACUUCUGUUUGCAUCCUGAUUCUUGGCUGUUGGCCUUAAACGAUCUUCAAAUUAAAAACUAAAGGACA